AUGGCCAGCACAAACAACAACUUUGAGGAUGAUGGUUGUUGGUUUGAGUUCCUCAAUGAAUCUUCCGAUAGUGUUUUAAACUUGGAACAGGGAUCUGCUCCGUAUACAGAUGAAACCACCACCACUCAAGCUUCGUCCAUGGCCGAUCCCAACAACAUGUACUUGACCAAUUCCUUCCAAAUACAACAACCACAACAGCAACAACAAUUUGCUACCGUUGAUUUUGGUGCCUUGCCUCCUACAGCAUAUGCUCUUCUCCCAAACUACUUUAUGCAUGCCAUGAUCCCACAAACAACCGUCGCCAGCAUGUUCCCAGUGUGUGGCACUCUCUUGGCAAACUCGAAUGCUUUCUCCAGUCCAACCAACAGCUUGAGCCCCAAUAGUUCAAUUGAUUCGAUACCUCUUGCCAACACAUCAUUGUUGAAUGUUGACACGGACAAGCCAAUUAUUCUUUUGCCAACAUCAUCAAGCUUGGAAAGCGUCGAUUCGAACUCAACCUCCAGCAGUGCAUGCCAAACAGAUAAAAACGAACCUCCAAAGAAAAAGAAGAAGGUAACCACGAGAAAGAAGGCAACAAACAAAACAGACCACAGCUCUGGAUCAGAUAGUGAAGAAUCAAAGAGAAAGAAGGCCCACAGAAGAAAGCAAGAAGAAAUCGAGGACGACAUGAAACGACUUCAGGAUUUAGAUCAACAAACAGAACUGACAGCAGAACAAAAAGAAGAAAAGAAGAAAUUGAGAAAUAGAUAUACAGCCAAGGUCUCGAGAGACAGAAAAAAGAAGGAACUCGAAGAUCUCAGAAACGAAAACGAAAACCUUAGAAAAGAACGUGAUUCAUUGAAAAAACAAUGUGAAGAGCAUGUACAGACAGUUAAUCGUCUCAAUCUAGAAUUGAACAGAUUGGCACAAAUUGUCAACUCUCAAGUGAGACCUAGUAGAACAGCCCUCAAAUCUCUAAUCGUAUUUAUUGGUGUAUUCGUAUUUAUUGGAUUGCUGGCCUUCUUGUCAGGUUCUUACAAGUUUUCAUCCACAAUGAAAUCCACCAUAUCUGACCAACGUAUUGCUGCCAGACGUGUCGCUAGAGGUCUUCUCACCAUUAAUAACACUUCUACCGAGUCAAAUCAACCUAACACUAAUCCUAGUUCAAAGUCUGUUCGAGAGGUGGUUAACACAACACCACCCAAAGAAUAUCAACAACAUCAAGAACAAUUUUCCAACUAUCCUUUACAUGAGCCAGUGUACGUUGAGAAUACAAUGGAAAUGGGUGAAAUGUUGGAUGAAUUCAAUGGCGAUGGCAUGUACACUUAUGAUGUAUUCUAUCCAACAAAAAUUAAGCGUCACUUUAGAGAAUUCCAAUCCUUCAAUGGCCAAAAGCACAACAUUUCAGAGACAGCUCACAUCAGAAGUUAUGAAAAUAAUUCUACUUCACCUAUUGGCGCAAUUCGAAAGCCAUCAAAGCCAAAGAGUGUCACAUCCCAACGACACAAUAAUUCCAAGCAAAUUACAUCCUUUGUCAGCCCAUCUUCGCUGAGCAAACACAUGGAGGAGAAGAAGCACAAGUAUGAAAAGGCUAAGGUCUAUGUACCAGACACAAAGGGAAAGACCAAAGUUCAACCAAACGAAUUACAGCUGUUCUGUCCUUAUUUGUACCCUCUUAUUGCUGGCAUUCCAGACCCUUCAUACGAAUUCAACACUAAGGAUUUUGAUAAUACCAAGUCAUCUGUCAAGAUACACAUUCCAAUCCAAAUGGUUUGUAAUAAGACGAACACCAAAGUGAUAAGAAUGGCAGAAAUUAAUGCCGUAAACAUUACUUUAUCAGAAAUUUAUUAUGAAUUUAACGGAGGUGCCUUGACUGAAGUUCAACCACAAACAAGAGUGGCCUCAGCUGAUGUUUAA